CCUUUUGCGUCAAAGAUGGCGGGUGGCGUGGACGGCCCCAUAGGGAUCCCGUUCCCCGAUCACAGCAGCGACAUCCUUAGCAGCCUGAAUGAGCAGAGAAACAAUGGGCUGUUGUGUGACGUGGUCAUCUUGGUGGAAGGCCAGGAGUUCCCCACCCACCGCUCCGUCCUGGCAGCGUGCAGCCAGUACUUCAAGAAGCUCUUCACCUCAGGGUUAGUGGUGGACCAGCAAAACGUGUAUGAGAUAGACUUUGUUAGUGCGGACGCCUUGUCGGCUCUGCUGGAGUUCGCUUACACCGCGACCCUUACCGUCAGCACUUCAAACGUCAAUGACAUCCUCAAUGCCGCCAAACUGCUGGAGAUCCCGGCGGUAAGGGAUGUUUGCACGGAUCUCCUGGACAGGAAGAUUCUGGCCAAAAAUGACCAGAUGGAUACAGUAGAUCAAAUUGAUCAAAGGAACCAUCUCAGAGCAAAAGAGUACCUGGAGUUCUUCCAGAGCAACCCCGUCAAUGGCCACCAAGGCAGCUUUCCGUGGACCAACCAAGAGUUGAGAGACCUUCAGAGACUGAACUUCCGAGGCCAAGAGGAAGAGGAGGAGCCGGACUGCAAUGACAUGGACUUCUACUCGCAAGCCCCCCUAAACGAAAGACCAAAGGUGAAUGACUGUGAUCCCGACAGCAACCCAGCCAUGUGGUUGGACAGAGAAGAGGAGGAGGCCCCUGGGUCCUUAUUUUCACCUUCUCAGAACGGACAUUACAGCAGCCGUGGCCGGCAGACACCAGGAGAAGAGGAGGCAGCUCCAGGGGGUCCUCUGGACCAGCAGGAAGCCGGCGACUCGCCCAGCUUUGCUCCUGCUGGAGGUGAGACGGAGGACGCUGAUGCGAGGGAGGUGGAUGGCUUGGCUGCUAGUGCCCUGCUGCAGCAAAUGAUCAAUUCCGUGGGGAGACAACAGCUCGGGGAGGACGACCGAAAGGACGACGACGGGGUCAUGGAUUAUUACUUGAAAUACUUCGGCAGUUCGAACGAGAGCGACGUGUAUCCGUCCUGGUCCCAGAAGGUCGAGAAGAAGAUCAGGGCGAAAGCAUUCCAAAAGUGCCCCAUCUGCGAGAAGGUGAUCCAGGGGGCCGGCAAGCUGCCGCGUCACAUCCGCACCCACACCGGUGAGAAGCCCUACGAGUGCAACAUCUGCAAAGUCCGAUUCACCAGGCAGGACAAGCUGAAGGUUCACAUGAGGAAACACACAGGGGAGAAACCGUACUUGUGCCAGCAGUGCGGAGCCGCUUUUGCUCACAACUACGACUUGAAGAACCACAUGCGCGUUCACACCGGCCUGCGGCCCUACCAGUGUGACAGCUGUUUCAAGACUUUCGUCCGGUCCGACCACUUGCACAGGCACCUUAAAAAAGAUGGUUGCAACGGCAUCCCAUCCCGGAGGGGUCGCAAACCCCGGGUGAGGGAGGAGGGGGGCCUGCCCACCCCCACGGGGAACCCCGAAGACGGAAGCUUUCCGCCCGCCGCGGAGAGCCAAGAGUCAGAGGACACCGUGCAGAGAAACGGCCAAGAGCAGCACUUUGAAGAUAGUUCUAAUAAUGAAGCGUCGAGAUUGAAUGUAGCAGGAGGGUCGGCGGAGGGUAACACGCAAGGACUCUCCUAAAACCAAAAAAAAAAA